AAGUGGGCUAGCCCCUUUAGCCCACUGGAACCCCACUUUACCCUAUUAGCUCAUCCCCGUAGCUUCUGGUGCAGGGAGGGCGGCGCCACAGCGUACACCCACCGCCGUCGCCGAUCGAUGGCAGCCGCCGCUGCACGGCGCACCCCGCCUCUUCCGGCUUGCACGUAGCCCCUCCCCUACCUCGCAGCUUCUCCCUACUCCGCCUCACCGGUGUUCCAAUCAAGAAUUUGACGAACACCUCGACCCUGGCCGGACGCGAUGGGCAGGUCGCCGGCAGCCCCAACCCCGACCCCCAGGUCGCCGGAAGCAUCAAUCACGACCCCCGGGUCGCCGGCUGUCCCAACCCCAACACCCAAGGCGUCGGAUGCGUCAAUCCCAGCGCCCAAGGUGCCGGAUGCGUCGUCGGCAGCAGAUCUUGAGGAGCACAAGGGUACUAGUGAGCUCUUGCGUGCCAUAAAAAUUGAGAAGGCUAAUGUUGCGAUUCCAAUGGAUCCGGGUGGCGGCAAGAACAAAGGCUCCGGUGGCGGGAAAGAAGUGCUGUGUUCUCCAUGUCACACUGUUUAUUUGAUGUCGCGCUGGGUGUUUUUGUUCCUCUUGCUACCAAGUUCAGUCUUUAAGUUUGAGCGAAAUGCAGCUUAACGAUGACUGACAUUGUAGUGGCUUGUAGUUUUAUCCCAGAUAUGUCUUGUAGUUUUAGCACAUCACAUGCUAUUCUGAUGAAUACCAUGCCUUGUAUAGGCUGUAGGUGCAGUAUAUGAGUGUGACACCUUGUAGUUGUGUUUCAUACAAUGUCUUUUGUUAAGUGGGAUACUGGGAUCCCACUUAACCCAUGUAAUGUUUGGUGGGUUACCCAAUAUUUUCCACCAAUUUGUAGUGGGAUCAGGUUGGCUGAGGUGGGAUGCCCACGGGUAGUCCCACUUGCAGCGUGAGCUAGAUACAUCCAUCGAAGGACAAUCUUGUGACAAGCUU